UUUCAAAAUUUAAUAUUUGGAUAAAAUAACUAAAUUUUUAGUAUAAUUUUGAUAAAAAUAUUCUUAAAAAUCUAAAAAAAGUGCAAAAUCAUGCACCGUUUAAAUUUUAACCAAAUGGUUAAUAAAAAUAUUCUAGGACAUCAAGAAAAUAAGUUCUUCAAUAUUACUCAAAUCAAUACAGACGAUUUCUAUGAACAGAAACGAUAUACAGCUAAAAUAAAAGAAGCACAGGAACGCCACAAUUUAGCUGGAAAAAUAAAUGAUAUUGUUUUUCAUGUACAUGAAAAAUUAAGAGAACGUCAGUCUUCACCGCAUAAAUUAAAAGCGAAACCGAUCAAAAAGAAAUCUCAUGAAAAGAUCAUACAAGAAAAACAACAAGCAUCUGUAAAACCUAUUGAAGAUCAAAAAAUCUCAUCGGAAAAUGUUGAAUUGAAAAAUUUAGAACUUAAUCUUUUGCCUCAACAAAAAUUGAAAACAAAAACCAUCAAAAAACAAUCCCAAGAAAAUAUCACUCAAGAAACACAACUAGCACCUUUGAAACUUGGCAAAGAUCAAAUUAAUUCCUCGGAAAAUAUAGAAUUGCGAAAUUUAAGUAUACCCCGCUUAAAAGUUUUACAUAGCAAUAAAAAAAAGAAACGUGCACAUAAAUCUACAACAGCAAAUUUAAAUAAUUUUGAAAAUCAUAAGAGAAUAGUUGAAGCGUUCAAACGGCAAAGCGAAUUAGAAAGCAUGUUGGAAGAACAGCAACUGAUAAAACAAGAUGGUCAAUCUAUAGCACAGGAUAUUUUCGCAUUACGACAUUGUUUGGACGAUAUACAACAUCGUGUGAAUAAAUCUUUAAAACAUUUAGAAAAUAAAAAGACUUAUUGUGAAUGUCAUGGUCUGACGGGAGCUAAAAAUUGUAAGAAAUGCUUGGAAAAAAUAAAAAUUACGCGUAAAUGAAUCGUGUAAGCUCAAGAGAUUGAAAAUCCAACUUUCUUUGUUACGAAUAGGAUUGUAAAAAGUAGGAAUGUAAAGACGAGCAUGGCCGGCCGUAACAGAAAACAAGUAGGAAAGUAUAGUCGGGCAUGGCCGACCAUAUGAUACCCUACACCAUGAGUAUAUUUUUACAAUUUUUACUUUUAUAAAAUUUUUAUUUUUUGUAAA